AUGUCAUUCCACUCCCGGCGGCGACCGUUCGCUGAAUCUAAACCUGAGGAAAAAGCUGGAGACGGACUCUGGGGUGCUUAUCUGGACGCAGUCGAUGCCGAGGACAAGGCUAGUGUCGAAAGUUGGAAUGGAUCAACGACAGGAAUUUUGACCUUCGCUGGGUUGUUUGCUGCAACAGUGGCGGCUUUCGUGAUAGAGAGUUAUCAUAGCCUCUCCCCCGAUACGGGCGCCCAGACAGUCGCUUUACUUGCGCAACUGAUCUCCAAGACGGAUUCAACUCCAGUUGUUCCCGCAAGCGAUAUAAUUGCCGAGCCAUUCCAUGCACCUGGAACGGCUAUCCUCGUCAACUCUCUUUGGUUUCUCAGUCUCGUCAUUGCUUUGAUCUGCGCUCUCCUCGCAACUCUUAUCCAAGAAUGGACAAGAGACUAUCUGCGCGAUGUGCAACAUCGCACUUCAGAUAUGACUGUCAAAGAGUACGCCUUCAACCAUAUUUACGUGCGCAUGGGCAUCGAAAGAUAUGGAUUGGAUCAUAUGGCGACCCUCAUCGUAGCCCUGAUGCACAUUGCCGUCGUGCUCUUCUUGAUUGGGCUCAUUAUCUUCUUAUUUCCCAUACACAUUCUACCAGCGGCGGUGGUUACUACCGCUGCGAGCAUGGCAGCUCUGAUCUAUGUCUCGAUCAGCGUCAUACCCCUCUUUGACAACACCUGUCCAUAUCGCACCCCGCUCUCAUCGUCUUUCGCCAUCGCGCAUACAUUCAUCAGACUAUCGAAACUGGCUCUGAUUCAACCCCGCAAGUUGAUAGAUCUCGCUCGUACGCACCCGAGUUAUAGAACAAACGAGUUUUGGCAGUUGUGGAAACUUCCUGCCCGACGAAUCUACCACGAUCUGCCCUCCAAGCUCCGUGCGCUGUACUUGGAUGAUCGGUCCAUCGCUCAGAAUACGUUCAUGAGACAGGAACGGAUGAUGUUUGUCUGGCAGCGCACGAGCGGCUACAUUCUCUCGGCCCAUGGACUCUCGGCUCUCCUGGAAUACCUUCCAUCGUACCUGCUCAACCCAGUCUCCACGAACCCGGGGACCAACUUGAACCCAGUCUCUCGCGACUUUGACAAGUUCUGGGUGUACCUGCGCAGUCGCAGAUCAUUCUUCGCUUCUGUUGUAAAGAACAUGACGAACGUACAAUCAUCAAUGGCGGGGAAGGGUGCUCUUCGUCUGCUACAGUUGAUCCUACAUGCAGAGUCCAGAGUCGAGAUCCGAUGGUAUUCGACCUCCAACCUCUCCGCGUCCCAUCUUUCGUGGUAUCAUGAUGGAAUCGAGAUUCUAGCGCCCAUAUUUCCGAAAUUAGUCCGACGGUUCAAUACGCUUUACGACAUCUCAAGCGAGGACGAGCAGUUGGACAUGGUCGUAACCCUCACCAGUCUUCGCUGGUCCAUCCUCCAGAUCGCGACAACCAGAUACUCACUCUGGCGCUCGCUCUUGCAGGACAUUGACACCAUCAAAUGCUUGCGAUUACUCCCUUUGAGUCGAGAGGAUCGAUGGAUUAGCGAGACCGACGGCAAUCUGAAGAUCCUCAGUUCGUCUACGACGUCGGAGUUCAUAGUGCUCAAAGACCUACAAAACGAACAUCUCGCACCCCGCAAUGCAUUGACACUGCUUGCACACAUCAUAUUCUCCCGAUGGCCUCUGGAAACACCUAAUAUUUGGAGAUGGAUCAAGCCGGACCAUCCAUACGUGAAAGAGUCGUGGGGAGGGACAUGGUCCUGGCAUAAAAUCCACCAACCCCACCCCCGGAGCGUUGCGCGCCCUCACGCUUCCGCACUGUUUCUCACUGUCUUAGAGUCCGCAGGGCUGGGAGCCUGGAGAGACCCAGCCUCGUCGACUUCGGCUGUCCCAAGGGGAAUGCAGCUUCAUCCCUUUGUGGUAGAUGCGCUGCGCAAUCUUCUGGAUCUUGUCUCUCUCCCGCCGCUCCGCGAUCAAGUUCUCUUGAGCGACGAUGAGAUCAAGAGCUUGGGCCUUAUCAUCCCUCAUCCGAAUAGGCCAGCCCACUCUGACACGAUCCCAACCCUUCCAAAUCAUCCUCCUGAUACUCCCCAAUCGCGAGCAUUCGCUGAGGAUACACCAGAAGUCCGUGUAGACUCGUCCGCGCCCACAGCUUCUACGCCGCACAGUGAUGGGCACUACAGUGCAUACGAUGACGUUCACGACGGCAGCAUACCGCUGCACCUAGUCGGUGUCAAUUCAUCGCUCGCUAGAAGCGUCGACGUCCCUCCCACCACCCUAUCACCGACUCUAGACUCUGGUAGCAAACAACAGAGUCCAUCUCGUUUAGAUCACCCUCUCAUACUACUCGACGCCUCACCUUCAUCUCCUCACGCCAAGUCCCGUCGAGUCUCUGGACUGGCACCACGAGGCCCGCGACGCUCGCCCAGCCUGGCACCGCAAAACACGGGGGACAGGCCACCUAGUUACGGUACAGCCUACUUUACAAGUAAAGAAGGGGUGCUCGACGAAUCGGAUGCACCAGUGCUACAUAACGUAACAAGAUAG